UUUGGAUCUAAUGCGCAGAGGAGGUUGGCCCAGAGCUCCUGGGCUCCCCCAAGGCUGAACUCCGUCCAAGGUGCCCGCAGGCUCCCUGCCCGUCAUCCCCAUGCCAGCCCGCAGCUAGGGGCAGGGGCAGUGGCGGCUGGGGUUGGGGGUGGGUGGGGAGCAUUGGGGAGGACAGGUCGCAGCUUGGCUAUGGAAGGCUCCAAUGGCUUUGGGAUCGACUCCAUUCUCUCCCACCAAGCGAGCAGCCCCGCCCUUCCCAAGGGGGACCCCUUGCUUGGGGACUGCCGUUCGCCCCUGGAGCUGAGUCCACGUUCAGAAAGCAGCAGCGACUGCUCUUCACCGGCCUCACCAGGAAGGGACUCUCUGGAGACUGGAGCCCCGAGGCCUGGCGGGGCAUCAGGCCCAGGUUUGGACUCCCACCUACAGCCUGGGCAACUCUCGGCCCCAGCUCAGUCUCGCACGGUGACCUCCUCCUUUCUGAUCAGGGACAUCCUUGCUGACUGCAAACCACUGGCAGCCUGCGCACCCUACUCUAGCAGCAGUCAGCCAGCGGCACCUGAGUCGGGCUGCCGGCUUGCAACCAAGGCCGCCGAGGACUUUAGAGACAAGCUGGACAAAAGUGGCAGCAAUGCCUCAUCAGACUCUGAGUAUAAAGUGAAGGAGGAGGGUGACCGCGAAAUCUCCAGCUCGCGGGACAGUCCCCCAGUGCGCCUGAAAAAACCACGCAAGGCACGGACGGCCUUUACCGACCAUCAGCUGGCGCAGCUGGAGCGCAGCUUCGAGCGGCAGAAGUACCUGAGCGUGCAGGACCGUAUGGAGCUCGCCGCCUCGCUCAACCUCACGGACACCCAGGUCAAGACCUGGUACCAGAACCGCAGGACUAAAUGGAAGAGACAGACGGCCGUCGGGCUGGAGCUGCUGGCGGAGGCAGGCAAUUACUCGGCGCUCCAGAGGAUGUUCCCGUCGCCUUAUUUCUACCCGCAGAGUCUGGUUUCCAACCUGGAUCCCGGCGCCGCGCUGUACCUGUACCGGGGGCCCAGCGCGCCGCCGCCCGCCCUGCAGAGACCUCUGGUGCCCCGCAUCCUCAUCCACGGACUCCAGGGCGCCAGCGAGCCGCCCCCGCCGCUGCCCCCGCUGGCCGGCGUCCUCCCGCGCGCCGCGCAGCCUCGGUGAAGUGGCGCCCCCCACCCCGGGGGUCCGCGCCCGGCCCUUCCGCCCGCUCGUCCCGGGGCGCGGGGUUUCAACGCCCCUGUCUGCCCCCCCCCCCCAGUUGGGUCCUCCCUGGCGUCCCAGCCCAAUGCCUCCCCCAAAGGGCCAAAUGCCAAGUCUACCGAGGCCCCGACCCAGAACUGAGUUUUCCUAACCCUCCUCGGCGUCCUUUCUCCCGGCCACUCCAUCAGGGAGCCACUGCCACCCGCCGGAUGUACAUAGGUCCCCCACCCAGCACCCCGCGUGACCCCUUGCCCCUCCCCGGCAGCAGGUGGGGGCGCCCCCCCCCCCACGCUGCACUCUCUCCACUCCCCAACAGGCUCCGUCUCUACACCAAGCCCUGCCCCACACCCCGAUGGCCAGAGGGUGUGCGGAGCGCACAGCCCCUCCGCGCCCGGCAGGGCCCUGGAGUGUACAUACAGUGUGCAAAGUGUAUAUGAAGUUAUUUAUUUGUGACCCAUGAGCCCAUGACCGUGUCCGUGCAUCAGUGAGUCUGUGGUCUCCCCCCUUUCAGAUGCGGGGGCAGGAAAGGGCCAAGGGGGGUUGCCUCCCCACCCUGACUCCCAGCCCCAACCUUCAGCUUCCGUCGGGGGCAGCCAAGCCCCUCCAGCUCUCUUUUUUAAACGUCUAAAUAAACUUCUUAUAAAUGA